AUGGCGAUUCUGAAGCCGGACAAGGAUGAAAUUCAAAAAAUUUGCACAAAAAUGGGUGUAGGAGAGUUGUUCGGACUGUUCGCUUGUAUUGUCACGGCACGGUCGUGGGAUUCUGUAACCAAGGGAAUCACCAAAGUUAAGUCGACGGCUGCUGAGGUAGGUUAUAUUUUCAUACUGUUUUAAAUCUUUUAUUAUUCAUAUUUUACUACUGUUAGGUUGGUCAAAUAAUUUUGUGUCUUAUAGUUCCUAAAAUUUUCUUCGAAAAGGGGCACAGAAUUAUUUGAAUAAUGUAAUAUUAUAAAAUAAUUUUUGGCGUAAAAAGUUUAAAUUGUCCAAAAUUCAAUGUUUGUUGCUUUAGACUACGCAUAUAAAAGAGUUUGCGGCCUCAUUGAUACCUCAAAUCAGUCAAGUGCUGGACAAAAUGCCUCGGGCAAUGCUGUUGAUUCUAAAGACAAAUGAUCUUCUACGUGCAAUUGAACAUCGACUGGGAUCUCAAAACAGAUCUGAUGCUUUUAUUGAGGUAGGUAAUGUUGCAAAGUUUUUCGUUAUGGCACUUUUAUGUUUAAUUUGAUAUAAUACUUGAUCUUUUGAUAUGUUUUGCUUUAAAAGUUUAUGAAUGUAGGUUUGAAAUUGAGGUAUAGUGGUAGAAAUUUAAGUUAUUUCUAUUGAUCAAGUUAUUUUUAAGCGAUUUUUCUGAUGGGUUUUCAGAUGAGCAAACAGUGUAGUCGAACGGUCUUCGAACAUCGUCUGAAGCGUGCCAACACAUUUAGUCAAAAGUUCUUCCUCACGGUGAAACUGUACACAAUCCUCUUCAAACUCUACGUCUAUCAGGUGUAUCUCCAGCUGCGCGAAGCUUUCUACGGGUCUAAAAGCAUCAAAGCACAGUCUACUUCUGAUCCACUCACGAUUGUCUAUUAG